AGCACAGAGAAGCCUAGCUCAGAGAAGCCUAGCUCAGAGAAGCCGGCAUCGAGUUCGGAGCCGGCUCGGACUCUUAGCUUAAUCGACGACUACGAUGACGACUCGGAACCGGAUAGCAGUGAAUGGGACUUUAGUCCCAGUUCGCGGAGGAAUAAUCCGUCGUGGAUACCCGCGUCUCCGGUACCGCCUCGGGUAGAGAUAUUGGACUUUGACGAAACGAGCCCGCGUCGUCGGGACUCUGAGAUUGGAUGCUUGAGAUCGCCUGGUAUGCACCACUUCGAGACGCUUCCCGCACGGCGAAAUAACCAUAUGGAAGUCAGUUACGUGGGGGCCAAGGACCUCUAUCAUGCGACGGCGACGUCGAUUGCGAACUCGGCGAAGAAGGCUGCGGGAUCUUCACGAGAUAGCAUGGAGUCGGGGCGGAGCUCUAUCCGGCCGCCAAAGAACAGGCUGAGCUUCGCGGCCAAGGUGCUUCAAUCAGGUAGGAAGCGGCCACCUACGGGUAUCAACACGACACCCCAGUCACCGUCAUCGUUGGGCCCUGGGACGGGCUCUACCGUGGGUAAGCAGUCUCUGAAGUCGCUUCACCCAGAUAUGCACGCACACUCAAUGGACGACGAUCGUCUGCGGGUCAAGUACUCGGACGCACUGUCGCGCGUUUUCAGAUGGAGCGGCGAGCACAGGAGGGUGGUUUCGGAGGGCGUGCCCGCGACCGACCUGCCGCCGACGUCGGAAGCUCGCAGCGCCGCAGCUACCCCGGUUCCCGAUUCACCUACGCAUCCUGGACUGAAGAGGAUGAGCAGUCGGCGUUCGAUGCAGAGCCUAGCGGCUCAGUUCAAGAGGACAGCGAACUCGAUGGUCCUGACGAAGGACGAGCGACGGCGAGAGAAUCUUCGGCAGAGCAUCCGGGUGAUACCGGAGGGUAGCACGCUCGAGUAGCGCAAGCCGGGCACUAUGGGACGGCGCCGGCGUGGCGUUUCGGGGCGCGGACUGCCCGCGCUGCUUAGCACGCUGGGGAAGGUACCUUGGGAUGCGAACCAUCUCGCUCCGCAUCAAGGAGGGAACAGCUGGUUUGGACCAGAAGACUUGGAAUGGUGUCAUGUCUCGGCGUUUGUGUGUUUAGCGUUGUUUGUCUGUCAUGGAGGGAGGCGUCUAGACCGUUCACUGGUCUACCUGCCUGUCCGUCCUUUUGAAAAGCGUAGAAGCGAUUGUCGUUGUUUUGGAGAGUGUACGUGUUACGUAUCUGCCAACCCAUGAAACCUGGCAAAAGUCCAGAUGACUACCAAGAUAGACAUUCCUACCAAGAGCAAUCUAUAGGGAAUGAAAAAAGAUAAUCUCUACUACCUACUACACAGUAAAUGC